AUGUUAGCGAACGUGAAAGAAGAGCAUUUAUCGCCUCCUACAACGACAACAUCGAAUCAUCAUCCGAACCAUCAUCAUCAAUAUUUGAAUAAUAAUAAUAAUAAUGGACAGCAACAGCAACAACCGACAAGUGGUGUCAUCCCACCAAUGAUGAUGAAUAAGGAAGAAGUUCAAAUGUCCUCUACCAAUAAUAAUAACAAUACACCAAGUAGUAGUACCACUACUUCAUCAUCUAAUAAUAUGAUGAAUCAUUCAAUGCCAACUCCUAAUGUAAUUCCACCAAAUUAUCAACAAUCUAGUAAUGGAAUUCCACCUCCUCACCAAGAUGGUCAACAUGGUGGAUAUUAUCCUCCAAUUCAUCACCAUCAACAACCACCACCAUACUAUGGUUCCUAUGCUCACCAUCAAUAUCCAAGUCAACAACCAAUGAAUAAUGCUUUACCUUCUUUGAAUUCGACUAGUGGCCCUUCGUAUGGCAUGCCUGGUAACAAUAAUACCAUUGAAGGUUAUGCCCCAAAUCCACAACAAACAAAUAACAAUCCACAACAACAGGUUAUGCAAAAUCCUCCACCUCAAUAUAAUAACAUGGAGAAUGUUCAACAACAAGGUAAUGUCCAUCAGCAACAACAAUUGUAUCAACAAAUACCACCAACAUCUCAAAAUACUGUCAUGAAUAAUGGCAUGCCAUCAAGUGUUGUUAACAACACUGCUCAAUCAGCUGUCCAAAGUACAUCUUCCACAACCUCACAGCAACAAACAGUUGCACAUACCAUCUUCCAUGAAUAUCAAACUCAUAAGAAGAGUAGUUCACCAAUUAAUGAUAACAACUCUGGUGAAUAUCAUCCAAUCGCUUGUAUUCCAUGUAGAAAGAGACACAAGAAGUGUGACAGAUUAUUACCAAAAUGUUCCGAGUGUGGAAAGAGAGGAAUUGAUUGUCAAUAUUAUGAACCAAAGCAAAAAGGAAGAAAAAAGAAAGAUGACGCACCAGGCUCUCCACAACCUUCCUCCCCAACGAAUAAUACUCAAAGCGAGCAAUAUUCCACUCCUCAAACUCCUACAACAAACUAUACUUUCCAACAACAACAGCAACAACAACCAGUAACACCAUCUUUCAAUCAACAAGGUACUACUUCCAAUCCAGAAAAUUCACCUGCCUCAUUACAAACACGAGAGAGAUCAGCAAGUUAUCAAAAGUACAGAUCUGAGCCAUAUCCUAAUGUAAAUCGUAGUGAUAUCCAAAUGUACAAUAAUAAUGGUGGUAUGAAUCCAUCUAUCUCUAAUACUGUGACACCUCAAAGAGAACGUGCAGUCUCCUCCGCUUCAUCCUCUAAUUAUUUUUCCUCAUCACCUUAUUUCAAUGGAAUGAAUUCUCAACCAUCACCAAUUCAGAAUAAUAAUGGAUUUCCAAAUAUCAAGACCAAUAAUGUCACUACUCCAAUAAUGAACAACAAUCAAUAUAUGCAACAACCAAACAGAGUAAUGACAACUUCCUCCUCACCUGAUUCUUCUAAUGAUGCCAAUUUACCACCAUAUGCUCGAUUUGUUCCAAUUGAAAAGGAUAAACUUAAGGAGCAAUUGUAUAUCAGAAGAGGAGAUUUUGAAAGUUGGGAUACCUUUAGGGUUGCUCAAUGGAUUGAUACUUUGGAUUCUUCAUUCCCUUCUCAUAAUGUUGGUGAAUUAUUCAAACAUCACGAUAUUGAUGGUUUAGCAUUUUUGGGUUUACAUAAUCAAAUUCUGCUGGAAAUGGGAAUUGCUAAGGUUGGAGUGAGACUGAGAUUGGUCAGAAUUAUUGACCAUUUACGUUUACAAAAUUAG